AUGCAUUUUAAAAAGUAAACAUAGACAGGUAUUUAAAUUGAUAAAAUCUUACAGUAAAUUCUGUAUAGGCACCACUAAUAGGAAACGAUUGGAAAUCAAAUAAAGUCUACAAAUUCAACGAACCAGAUUCGACCCAUUUAAUGGAUACCGAAGAUUGUUUAUAUUUGACAAUAUUUAUGCCAAUUGUUAUUGGCAUAAAUAUAUUUAUGCCAAUAACACGACCAAUACAGCAAUAUCCUGUUCUUAUUUGGUUCCACGAACAUUCAUCUUUCCAUGGAUCUGAUUUCUUCAUAGAUGAAGAAGUAAUUGUAGUAAGAGCUGGUUAUAGAACAAGAAUAUUUGGUUUUUUGAAUACGGAUGAUGAUUUUGCUGAGGGGAAUAUGGGUGCAAAAGACAUCAUAACAGCUAUCAAAUGGGUUAAAAAUAAUAUCAAGCUGUUUAAUGGUGACCCUGAAAGAAUUACAGCUGCCGGAUCAGGAACAGCUGCAACAACAGUAGCAUCAAUGUUAGUCUCUCCUAUGGCAAAAAGCUUAUGUUCAGGAUUUAUUGUUUUAAGUGGCAGUGCAUUGUCUCCAAGCAAUUAUAAUAAAGAACACUUAAAAGCAACUAAUAAAGUUCUUAACAAACUGCAAAGUCAAUACAAAACAUUCAAUAGAAGAUCGUUGUACGAAAUCCUCAGUAAUUGUACAACUGAUAAAUUGCUUUCAGUAUCUCGAGGACUUUUCGACAGUACUGAAGUAAGAGAUAAUCAAAGACUGAUUAAUUCGUUCAGCUGCUCUCUUGAGAUUACUUCCAAAGAUCCAUUCAUGAGACAGCCACCUUUAGAAUUGUAUGAAACAAAAUGCGUAAACAAUAUUCCAGUAAUAAUGGGUUAUACAAAUCUUGAAUCAUUGUUUAGGUUAAAAGGUAUAGCCCACAAUAGGAAUCUCUUGAGUUAUCUAAAUUACAAUUUCCAAUACGUGCUACCGUUCGAAGGACAGACUUAUGAAUAUGAAUCGAAGAGCUAUAAAAAUAUACAGCGACAAAUAAUGGGGUUCUAUUUCUUGAAUGGCACAAUAACGGAGCGAAGUUUGAGGCGGUAUGCAAAAUAUAUUUCAGACAUUCAAACGUACUCGUUGCUUCGUCAAGCGGUUUUACAAUGCGGGAUUUCAAGCUCUCCGGUAUAUUUGUAUAGAUUUGCGUUCAAGGGCUCCUUCAAUAUUGGCUGGCGAAACUCAGUACCCAAUUUAAAUUGGACAGGAGCGACUGAGAAUGAUGAAAUAUGUUAUUUAUUCAGAUGUAAAUCGCUUUACAGCGCCUAUAGCGACGCCCAAUCAAACGAAAAGGAGUUCAUUGGGAAAAUUGUUGAAUUGUUUGCUAAUUUUGUUAAGAAUGGGAACCCUAGUCGUGACAAAGGAGGUUACGAGUUAGAUAAUCUGAAAUGGGACCCUUUAAAAUCUGACACAAACAUAAGAGCAAUGAACUUAGCACGAGAAUUGAAGAUGGUAACUGUUCCAGAAGAGAAAAGAAUGCGAUUUUGGGAUCGACUUAGAAAGGAAAUUAAUGUUGCCAACAAUUCAAAAUGAUUUAUUUAUGAAAAUUGUCGAUAAGUUGUGAAAUCUAUUUAUUACUGUUGAGUGAUGAAUGAUUUGAGAGGACACUUGGAAUAGUGUCCGCUUACCUGGAA